AUGAAUACGCCAGGUGCAGAGUUCCUUGUCCGUCAAAUGAACGAGAUUAGAUCUGCAAAUGGUGACGUGGUCCGAAUGAUGCGACAGUUAGAGGGAAAUCAUUGGGAUCUUAUUGCUAUGACUGGUAUGGAUCAAGUGCAGCAGAACCUUGAAGGCAUUCGUCAUGAGAUGGAGCGUCGCACAAAUCUGCUGGGCACUGGCCUGACAACCACUGUUGCUGGAAUAGAGCAGCUGCGCGACGCAGCGUUGCAGAGUCGCCAGGCUUAUGGCCAGGCGAGUGAAGCAUGCAGCACCUUGACAAUCAAAGGGUUGAUGAGCAAGCAAGUGAAUGAGAUCCGUGAUCGUAUAGCCGCAUUGGAGUUUCAAGCUGUAGCUGGAGGUGAAUGGCCUGAAGCUGAAAGGAAAAUCUUCCUGAAGGAGCAUAAGCUACAAUCCGACAAGACUUCAUUGUGCAUUCACGAUCUACAAGAGCAAGUGAGACAGCUCAAUGAGAAAACCCAAGAAGAGAAGCGAGGUUCCUCGACACAGUUGGCGCUUGUCCUUGAACGUGUGGUUGGCGUUGAAAAGAUUUGCAAGAAACUUCGUGAGCGUGACGAGGAGAUCCAGGGUCACUUGAGUCACGUAAUACCGCAGUCUAUUGCCUCGGACGCAGGACCCCAGCAGGAAAGCCAGGCGCCAGCAAGCCUUGGGGAACCGCAGACUUUUUCCAUUGGAAGUGGGACGCCGCUUCAGGUCAAUGAAAGGUCUGGUGAAGAUGACUGGUGGGAGGCGUACGAUGACAGACCAAUCAGCUCUUGGUUGACAAAACCGCCGGGCCUUCCCAUGGAAUCAGCCUGGAUGAAUGAGGGUUGGGGUGCCAAUGCCCCUACUCAGCCGCCUCCCCUUCCCAAAGAAUUUCGUAGCUCGAGCCAGGAUGGUUUCCAUCUAGAUGGACAUGAGCUGAGAGUUGCAGGGGGCCAGUGGAAGUUGAUGAAGGAGUUCCCGAGGAUUCUUGAGCCGCGAGGUCAGGCAUGGGAACGAGGCCUCCAAUUCUCGCAGUAUGCUACCGAAAUGGUGUCCGUUGCAUCGUGUAUCGGUGCUGGGUUCGGAAAGUUCGUGAGGCACCAAAUCGAUGCAGCGUUGGGGCGCUUUCAACGGCGCAUGGAUGCCGGGGUUCAUGACCCCGAUGUUCCCCCUGUUGCCAGCGGAUGCGAGGAGUUUGAGAGCAGGUUGGCUAUGACUUUGCUUUCGCAGACGAGUGAUGAUAUCAAACGAGGUGUGAUUGAGUCAGCUGCGGGUCAAGUGGUUCCUUCAUUAACGAUCCUAGAAGCGAUUCUUGAGCGCUACCAACCUGGUGGUAUUGAAGAGAAGUCAAGCCUGACGUCGUUUUUGAGGAACCUGCCGCAGGCAAAUACUUUCACUGAAUGUUUGGCAACACUUAGAAGGCUAAAGCUGGCUACAUCCCGGAUUCUUGUCCUUGGUUUGCCGAGUCAUCCUCCACAUGAAGCCAUUUCUUCCUUGAACCACAUGGUGAAAACUCUAGAAAAGAAGAGUCCCACCCUGAGUACGCGCUUGAAUUUGCUUCGUCUUCGUCCUGAGAUCUUGAAUCCCACCGAAGAAGGUGUGAGUCUCCUGCAGACGGCGAUUGAGGCAGAAGCACGGCGACUGGCAGCUGAGGAGUUCUCUAAGCCACAUCACCCGAAAGGUUCUGAUGCUGGAACUGGAGAGUAUGAGAUCACAGCUGCUAAGGGUAAAGGGAAAGGCAAGAAAGGAAAACCAACAGUGUGUGCAAACAUGGCAUUGCGUGAGAACGAUCAACCUUCUGACGAUGGUAUCUCUUCCUCUUCAGAGCUUUCCGAACUGGAUGGUGUUAGGAGCGAUGACCUUACUCCGAGUGAAUUCGGGGACGAGUUUCAGGAGGAGAGUGACGACGAGCCAGGUCCAUGGAUGUGGAGCUUGCGCUUGACGGGUUUGGAGUGGAAAAUGUGGACUCACCCAGGCAACAUCGUCACCAGGGCGCAUGCGGAGUUUGAGCACAUUGAUGAUUAUCGCAGUGUGGAGCAUGGAGCAUGGAUUCUGCAUAGGGCUGGGCAAUUAGAUGAGCUGCCGGCUGUGUUGAAUGAUGAAUGGACCGUCACUGCUGUACACAAUGUGUUGGUUCUGGAUCCGGUCACGAGAGUCUUCAAGGGGGCCUUUGCCUUCGAGCUUGAGCGUGUAGAUGUCCAGUCCAAGCUUCGUUUUGUGGUAGCGGUGGAAAGAAAUCAGCCGUACGUAGAGCCAUGGCCUGAGGAUGUAUGGUUUAAUGAAUGCAUGAGAUUCGGCUUCGGGGCUCCCACCGGGCAUGUCAGGGACCGAAUUCCACUAGAGGAAAUGUUGAAUGGUCAUGGAUUUGGUCACCUAGCUGAGACCCUGGGUUUGUUAGGUGCCGAGUUUGCUGAUGAUCUUGCCUUCCUGAGUCCUCGAGAUUUGGUAGAGAAUGGCAUUCAACGGCAGGUUGCUGAGGACCUGUUUCAGCAUGAAGGUGUCCUGUAUGAAGUCCACGCCUCUACGGGAGUCCAGGGUGUUCGGCUGGAAGAAGAACAGAUUGAGGAACUUGCGUUCUCUUUAUAUGCAUCUUGGCAGGCGGGAGAACCGGUGAGUGAUGAAGAGUACGACCCCGAAGUCCAACAAAGAUUCCAUGGCAUGGUGCGUAGGCGGCGCCAAGGUGCUGCAAACAUGUGUUGUGUCUCGGGCAAUCGUGUUGAGAGUGAUGGUUUUGUUCUCGUUGACAGCGGGGCCAACGAAGUGCUCCGUCCACAGACUAAGCGGCAAUCCUCAUUAGGUGAAGAAACGCUUCAGGUCACUCUCGCGUCAGGGUCGCAGUGCGCAGCCACCUUGAACAAACAUGGAGAGGUGUGCAUGAUCUCAGAGAAUGGAGCCAAGGGAGAGUGGAUCGUUGGAGUUAGGAAGAUCAUCGACAUAGGAGGGGCUUUCAAUUGGGACCAGAAGGGCGCUAGAAUCUCGUACCCACAUCCUUUCGAACACGCUAGGAUUGUGAAUGUUGACUGCGUUGUCACCAAUGGCCUACCGUACAUGAGAUGGUCUGAUUUCAAACUUGCGCGUAUUGCACUCAGCAAGCAUUAUCGGAUGCAGCAGAAGAGCAUUUGCAGUCACAAGGUUGUCACUGACAUUCCCGAAAUCCCUGUGAUUCCCCCGGAGAGCCAGGUCAUUGACUGGGUUGAUGUGUUGGAGUUUCAGGAGGAGUCAGGGGAUCACAUUCAGGGAUGCAAGGCUGUCGAAGUAAUAACCAGUGAAUCCUUUGCCGAAAAACUGCUUGAAAGGGAUCAUGUGGAGCAUCAUGAGGUGGUAGGAGAACCAUCGGUCGCGAAGCUGUGGGUCUUCGGGUCCUAUGUUAGGGGCGGUCUGUGUGGAAUCACGCGUGUCACCAAGCAGCACCCUUUCCUCACCAAACUUGCCACUAAGUUUAUGAAGCAGCACACUGAGAAUCCCUUUAUGGCUAUUGCUAUAGCUGAGGAUGUAGCUUUCAAGCCGCACCGUGAUCCAAACGACGGCUCAUUUGAUUCCACGAUUGUAGGUCUGAGUAGCUUUCAGGGCGGCCAUCUGUGGACUGAAAAUGCAUCGAGUGACCUGGAUGAGGACCAGGCAGUGUGGCGGUACACAGAAACGGAUUCCGCACCUAUUCCUGGAAAGCUCCACAGACUCGACGAUGGUAGAGCAGCUUCUUUCUGUGCCACUCGUUGGCACGGUACAGAACCCUAUGUUGGCAACAGAGUAGUGAUGAUUUCAUACAUCCCCAAAGGAUGGAAGGCCAUCGAUUUGAACAUGCGAUGUCGACUUGAACAGCUGGGCUUCCAACUGCCACGUCAGGAUCUGGAGACGAGACUUUGCGCAGCCAGUGACGCAGAUGUUGCAGCUUUCAAAGCUUUGAUUGCUCAGUCGUCAGAGGUCUUCUUGAACCCUGGAGCCGCAGUCACACUUGAGGAGCGAAACACACUUCAGCAUGACACAUACAAGCACAGUCAGCAGAAACAUCCUUCCUCUCCUCUUUCUCCUGAUGAUGGUGAUGAUGAUGAAGGGAUUGAGGGUCGGGAUGGCGUUUUGGGAUGUGAGGGUUAUGUUGGGGACGGGGUUCGUAGCGAGACAGAGCAUCCAUGGAAGAGCGCCUGUGACUUGGACUUGAAAUCUCCCCUCACACCCUCCCCUGAGGAUGCUGUGCGAAAGGCUUGCCGGGAAGGUUUGUAUGACAAGAGGAAUCAUGCCAGCGUGCAGGCGAGAGGCCAUCGUCGGCCCCACAGAAAAUUGCCUGCAAAAGACAUCAACGACGGGGUGAUCUCGAUUGACUUGAGUGGGCCACAUAAGGAGUCAUUUGCAGGGAAUCGUUACGCUUUAGUUGCGUGUGCACACAUUGCUGAGGGCCUUGAUUUGCCUUUUGUGCGAGGGAUUCGCACUAAGGAGGCAGCAGUUGUGACAGAGGCGCUGCGAGAUAUCUUGAAUCAGCUGGUGUCAAUGGCUGAAGGGCAACAAAUCACUUUCCGGAUUCAUUCUGAUCAGGGUCGUGAGUUCACUGCUCGCCUGUCCGCUGAACAGCUUAAGACUUAUAACCACUAUCGUACUUUUGCGGUCCCUUACUCACAUCAAUCAAACGGGCGAGUAGAGAACUUGAUCGACCAACUGAAAACGUCAACUGCCACAAUGCUCUUGGGAGGGAAGCUGGAUAUGAGGUUCUGGGAUGAACUAAUGGUUCAUGCUGCAAAACUUCGGCGCAUGAGAGCGUUGAACCUGAAGAUCCCCAAAGACCUUCCAGCUCCAGGUGACUACGUGUUGUCGCGACUGCCUAGGGAUCAGAUGCCAGACUUCCGAGAUCGGACCGAGCCUGGAGUUUUCCUGGGUUUGUCGGAACAUGUGGCAAACGGUUCUAAAGUGUUGGUGGAGCGUGACGGAAGAGUUCUUGUGCGGUAUGCUCGGUUACCGAUACUCCUUGACAGAGAGAAGCCACGGUGGAGACUCGUGGAGAAUCCUGGUAGUGAUCAGAAGACCUGGGUUUCGGAUAAAGGGCAAAUUGCAUGGGCUGCACCAUCCGAUACGGACAUCUUGACGGUGGAGGAAAAGCUAGGAUGCAACAUCGCAAGUCCGGAUGAGGUGUUUGUGAGACUGAACAACUUGCUUGAGAAGACUCGAGGGUCUGAGGUUGAAAAGGAGAUUUUCAAUUUGUUCAGUCAUGGCAUCAUCGCUCAGCUCCCAGAAGUUGCAGAGGCCCACAUGGUUAGAACACAUGAAGCUGGCGAGGAGGUUGAGGAGGAGCCUCACCCAGCAGAUGAGAGUGAAGACUCAUUUGGACACAAGUUCAUGAAGUUUGUUGCUAGCCGGGCGGUGUCUGCUCCAGAUGUUUCUGCGCCCGAUAAGUCCGAGAAGUACAUCACAAGGACCGACGAAGAUGAACAAGAAGCAGAAGAGAUUUUUCAAAACUUGUUGCGUGAAGCACAGCAACGUCGUGGAUCAGCAGAGGUUGUGCCUAACUCCGUCUUGACAGGUGAACGUGCUGAAAAAUGGAUUGAAGCAGUCCAGAAGGAAUUGACCAGUGUAGAGAGCAAGGACGUUUUAUUGCCUGUCCGACAGGGCUAUGAACGAGAGGAUCUACACUUGGAGGCUGGUGAAGAGAUUCCCCGAACCAUCCCAAUGAAGCUUGUGCUAUCCGAGAAACCGCUUACAGAACCUGACAGCUCUGCGAAUUGCGAUACAGAUGGGCAAGGGUUUUUAGCGAAAGCACGUUUGGUUGCAUGUGGCAAUUUUCAAAACAAUGAGUUCGCGAAGGACGAGCUAUCAACCGAGAAUGUGCCGUCCUGGAUUGUGCGGACCAUGUACCAUAAGCUUGCUCAGGAACCAACUUGGAUAGCAGGUGCGGCGGACAUCUCAACGGCAUUCCUGAACACUGUGCUUCGACGUGGUGAAGCACCGCUUUUGGAUCCACCGGCUAUCUUGAAACGCUUGAAGCUGGUACCUCAUGGGGUGAAGUAUCUUCCUUUGCGGGCGUUGUAUGGACUUCGGAUCUCGCCCAAGGAAUGGGCUAAAGACCGGGACUCAACCUUGAACGGGAGUGUUCUUGAGCCUCGUGAGGGAGAUGAGAUGCCAGCAGUGCGGCUUGAGCCGCUUGAUAUUUGUGAGGGCCUUUGGCGACUGAUUGAUGUGGCAUCGGGCCAAGUGACGGGAUUACUUACUUUGUACGUGGAUGACGUGCUCGUUGUAGGGUGUCCUGAAAUGGUAUCACGAUGCCUGGAGUUUAUCGGCCAGAAGUGGGCUAUGAAGCUCCAAGGGUUCAUUAGUCGUGAAGAGAGAACAAUCAAGUGUGGAAGUUUGGGACAGCUUGAGCGCAAAACAGAGCUUGUUUUCCUUGGGGUGCAAAUGAGUUUCAACAUGGAGGGCGAUGUCAUCAUCAGUCAGCGCGCGUGGAUUCUACAGGAACUCCAUCGACGACAGUGGCUACACCUUAAGGGCUGCGCAACUCUACCACAGCUUGAACUCAACGACGAUGAAGUCAAGGAUGAGGCCUAUGAGCAGAAUAAGCUUGAGUGCCAGCGAGAGCUAGGAACGCUCUUGUGGAUGAGUACAAGAUCACGGGCUGACAUCGCCAGUACGGUUGGGAUCUUGGCGUCGGAGUUGACUCAUAGACCAAAACGGGUUUUGCAGUUGAUUCGUCAUGUGUGGCGUUACAUCCGCGGAACAUUGAACGUCUGUUUGACCUACAAAGCGCAGAAAAACAUUCAGGAGUUCACGUGUUACAGUGACGCUUCGUUUGCACCCACAGCUGGAAGGUCGAGAUCUGGCAUGGUCUACAUGCUAGGAUCUAGCAUUCUUGAUUGGGCUUCCACGAAGCAAACACUGACGUCAUGGUCAGCUACCGAAGCGGAAACGGUUGCUAUGUCAGAAUGCUUAAGUCAGGGUGGACGCAUGCAAGACACAGUGAACCAGCUGAUUGGAGUGACGCUUCCCAUCAUGUUGCGAUGCGACAAUGCAGCUGCCAUCAUCUUAGCUUUGAGAGAAUCCCUGCAGCCCCUGAAAUGGAAAACGCGAGGCGUGGCGCUUCGGGCGAGCUGGUUGAGGGAUUCCAUUAGGGAUCUCGAAGCUGGCGUUACCCACGAGCCGGGGGCAACCCUGGUAGCAGAUUUACUCACGAAAACCCUCCCUCGAGUUCGGCUGCAAACUCUCAGAGAGAAGGUUGGACUUCUUGAACGAACUUGA